ACCCCAUUGAGCAAGAGGGGCCUGACGGGAUUUCCAUGAGCAAACUUCCUGCGGGGAACAAAGGGCAGCGGGGCCGCGCUCCCCGGCCAGCUGGUGCUCUACAAACCCCCGGGGGGACCCGGACCGCCGGCAGCGGGCAGGAGCAGCAAGGCGAGCCCGGGCUGAGCGAGGCGAUGGCAGCCACGGUGACGGACUCCGGCGGCGUGAGGAUCAUCACGGAGGUCAUCCCGGCCACGGACCCGCGUGCAGCCCAGCUGGCCUCCAGCUCCGUCCCACCCGCGCCCGCCGUGUCCUCGUUCCAAGUCAGGGGCUUCAGGAAGGCACAGCCCAAACUGCUGGGGACCAUCCACAUCGUCACCGGCAUCAUUCACUUCUGCUUCGGGAUCAUCCUGACUGCGGCAGAGCACAGGGACCUUUCCCUCCCUGUGGCCAGCGGGAUCCUCUUCUGGCUCGGGGUCCUGCAGCUCCUGGUCUCAGGCUCUCUCCUAGUGGAAAGUGACAAAAGAGAGAACAUCCUGCUGCCAGCGGCGGCCGCGAUGGGACCCGUACAGGUGAAGGCCUGCUGCGUCGUCAACGUCGGGGUCAUCCUCAGCACGCUGGUGGCCACCCUCAUCCACGCCGCUGCCAUCACGCGCAGCAUCCCCGGCUGCGACGGCGGCGCGCCCUACCAGCUGAGGCAGGAGUGGUGCUUCAACGCCAACACCAAGGUGCUGAGCAACGCGCUGGACGCCGUGGCGGUGCUCUUCUGCCUGCUCGAGUUCUGCGCGGCGGUGGCGGCGCUGGCCUUCGGCUGCGCGGCCGUCAGGCGGCACAGCUACACGCGCAUGGCGCUGUGACAGAACCGGGCACGGCCCCGCGGACCCGGCCCAGGCCCCG